AUGCAGCUGGAGGAGGAUGACAUGACGCACUACCUGGCCAGCCGGCCAGAGCAGCCGCAGGGGGGGUGGCGCAACAUGGCGUGCGCGCGUCUGAGCGCAGAGCUCACCCUGGAAAAGUACUCCCCGAUUACGGCGAUCCCGCGGAUUGAGGCCCCUGUCCUGCUGGUGGCGUCCACCCAGGACCAGCUCUGCCCCUACGACCAGGUGCAGCGGGCGGUGCAACUCGCAAAGAAGGGGACCCUCAUCUCCCGGGAGGUGGCCCAUUUCUACCUGACGUCCCCAGAGCAGCUGCCGAGCCUCAUGAGGGAGCAGGUGGCGUGGCUGCUGGACGUGCUCGGCCUCCAACGCGCCGCCACGCCGGAAGAGGCGCACGAGCAGGCGGAGCGCAGGGCGGGUGCGGCGGUGGAGGCAGCAGAGGGGGAGGCGGGGGCAGGGGAGGCAUCCACAGACUGA